AUGACAUUGCGAGAAAAUACCAAAUCCAAGUACUCUGUGUACCAAGCAAAGGCAGGAUACCUUGCUAAGAAUAGGCUUAGGGCAGUUUGCAAGGUGAAGGAAUGUGGUUGGGUUAUCUUUGCUUCCAAGGAUCGAGACGAUACCUGCUGGCAAGUGAAGACUUUCAGAGAUGAUCAUAGCUGUGCAAGGGAGGAUAAGAACAGAGCAGCCAAUCGUAAUUGGGUUGCUAGUAAGCUGGUGAAGAAAGUCAGAAAGUAUCCCAACUUCAGGCAUUGUGAUGCAAACACCUUCUUCAAGACCAAGUAUGAUCUGUCAUUGAAUAGGAACUCGAUCUCUAGGGCACUGUCUGAUGCUAGAAACCUUGUAUAUGGUGAUGAAAAGGCUCAGUAUGCAAUGGUGAGGGACUAUGGGGAGACACUGCUGAAGACAAACCCGGGUUCAACUGUCAAAAUUUGCACCAUCCCACAGCCAAACGGUGAUGUGAUAUUUGAGAAAAUGUAUGUGUGUUUAAGUGGCUGCAAGAAUGGAUUUAAGGCAGGAUGUCGUCCACUCAUUGGACUUGAUGGUGCUUUCCUGAAAACUGUCUUUGGAGGGCAGAUUCUCUCAGCUAUUGGGCAGGAUGCAAACCACCACAUAUAUGUCAUUGCUUGGGCAGUUGUAGAAGUUGAAAACACUGCCAACUGGAAGUGGUUCCUGGAACUACUGCACGCAGAUUUGGGAGAUUACAAGACACAUGGUUGGUGUUUCAUAUCCGAUAUGCAAAAGGGACUCAUAAAUGCUGUACAGGAGAAUUUCAACAAGCAAUGGAAAGAUCUGGAGCUAAGAGGGUUGUUAUGGGAUUGUGCACGAGCUACAACAUUUGAGGAAUUCAGGGAACAUAGGGAAAAGUUAAAGAGGCUUAAUCCGGAGGCAUGGGCAUACCUAGAAAAGUGGCCAACACAUUCUUGGACAAGAUCUCAGUUCAGUCACAAGCCAAAGUUAGACUCAAUAUGUAACAAUGCGUGCGAAGUGUUCAAUGCAAAGAUUAAGGAAGCUAGGAGGAAGCCUAUAAUCACACUGCUGGAAGAGGUUAGGAUGACGAUGGCCAAAAAUAAAUUGAAGUUGGAUAAUCAUGUGGGGAUACUUCCCCCAGUGAUCAAGAGCAGACUGGAGAAGCUGAGGAAGGAAUCUAGGCAAUGGCAACCAAUCUGGGCUGGAGACACCGGAUACGAGAAGUUCGAGGUACAUGGACACCCUACACACCAUGUAGUGGAUCUGGGGAAAAGGAUAUGUACUUCUCAGUUUUGGAUGCUAACAGGAAUCCCAUGUGUGCACGCAUGCGCUGCUAUUGCUAGGGUCAACAAGUGGCCAGAGGAUUUCUGCCACAAGCUCCUCACAAUGGAGUCCUACAAAGCCACUUACUCCCACCACAUAAAUCCUUUACCUGGCCAACAAUUAUGGGAAAGGUCUGAGGCCAACAGACCAUUGGCACCUUUGGUUAAGAGGAAACCUGGACAGCUCCAAACCAAGAGAAGGAAGGAUGCGGAUGAGAGGGGUCACUCUAGCAAGAAGUGCAAGCCAACCACCACUCUGAAGAGACAGCUACGACCAUUCACUUGCAAGUAUUGCUUGCAGAAAGGUCAUACAAAAAGAGGGUGUCAGAAGAAGAAGGCGGCUGAAGCUGCAGAGGCUGAGAAGAAGAAAGCUGCUAAAGACCCUAAGGCUGCUGCUCAGAAUGUCACUGCAACUGCCACUGCGUCAGCUACAACAACUACUUCCAAUGCACCUCAAGCUGCAACUGCCUCUGCUACUGCUACAGGCUCUGGAAUUGCAACAGCGUCUGCUACUGCAACUGCUACUGCAUCUAUCCCUGCUCCUGCCACUCUUGUAGAUGUGGAUGCUGUCCCUCAAAUAUUGUCUGUAUUGCAGCAGCAUGAACAAACCAGGAACACACCUACAAGACUUGGGAAACUGCCACUUAGAAGAAACUUACCUCCUCCAACUGGCUCUGCAUCAUUCAAUCCAAUGGAGGGAGCUAGUGAGGCAACUGCAGCAAGGCUUGCCAACUUUCUGAAGUUUGUACCCACCCCAGGGUUCAAACCGCCAAGAAAGAAGUGA